CGAGGCGGGACGUGCUAUCGAUAAAGCUAGCGUCGUGACGUGCCGCCCAAGCUGCCUUGCAAGUUGGAACGUUUGAUAAUCAGGUCCCAGGAAAUUCAAUCUUUCAACAUAACACAUUUCACACUAACAAAUCCUGGUCUACUGCUUCAUUCAACAACGAAACUUGGCAUCUAUCAGUGAUAACUGCAACGUAACACAACAGCCUUUUCAACCCCUACCACCGUCAUCAUGGCGGAUAACCCCACCGACAAAAACGCCCUCAUCGCCCAGUUCUCGGGCAUCACUGGCGCUGACCCGCAGGAGGCGGAGCAGUUCCUAAUCUCCAGCGACUGGGAUCUUGAUGACGCUGCGGCAACAUUCUACGCCUCGCAAGAAGAUGCCCCUGCCGAAGCCGAAGGUGGCGCCCCCGCGCCGGAAGAAUACACCGGCCCACGAACACUCGACGGCCGUCCUGCGCCCGAAUCCAGAACCCCAACAGUAGCAUCCAGCUCGCGCCCACCCCGCCGAGCUCCCCGCUCCGGAAUCGCGACGCUAGGCUCCAUUGCCAGUGACUCCGCCCAGCACGGCCACGACGAUGACGACUCCGACGACCCAGACUUCCACGACGACGAGCAGCCGCGCGAUCUCUUUGCUGGCGGCGAGAAAUCCGGCCUUGCGGUCCAAGAUCCCCGCCGCAAUGACCCCCGCAACCUCGUCGACGAGAUUAUCAAGAAGGCUAAAUCACAAGCAUCCCGCGCCGAGAGCGACCCCGCCCCAGCACCUCCAUCGCGCUUUCACGGCUCUGGCAUAACCCUCGGGGACUCCACGACGCCCUCUACCGUCCUCCCCUCCGCCACCCCUGCCGCCGCCCCCGCCACCCCACAGCGCCGCAUCCUGCAUCUCUGGAACGACGGGUUCAGCAUCGAAGACGGGCCCCUCCACCGCUUCGACGACCCCCAGAACGCCGCCGACCUCGCCGUCAUCGAAUCUGGCCGCGCGCCUAUCCACCUCAUGAACGUGGCAUAUGACCAGCCAGUAGAUGUCCAGCUCAACAGGCACGAGGAAGACUAUAAGAAGCCAAAGACCGUAUACAAGCCUUUCUCGGGUGGAGGACAGCGUCUCGGGUCGCCUGUGCCAGGUGCAGAAACCUCUACUGCAUCUACGUCCAUCCAAACCUCUGCUGGUCCGUCAAGCGCACAACCCGCCUCGCAGGCCCCGCAGGUCGAGGUCAACCCCGCACUCCCGACGCUCUCCCUCCGCAUCCAGCUCGCGGACGGUACGCGCCUUCCCGCGCGCUUCAACACUACGCACAGCAUUGGGGAUGUGUAUGAUUUUAUCGCCAGGGCGAGCCCGGAUAGCAGUACGCGCGCGUGGGUGGUCGCGACGACGUUCCCAAGUAAGGAUCACACGGACAAGAGCGCAGUGUUGGGAGAGUUGGAGGAGUUUAAGAGAGGGGGGGUUGCAGUGCAGAAGUGGGUAUAGUGGGUGUGAGGGGAUGUGAGAAAGGGGUUGUGCAAAGGAGCUUAUGUGGCGUUUGGGAGGUAGACGGGGAUGCUUUGAGAUUUUUAGAUGAUUGCAUGGAUUAUGAAUUACUUUGAGCAUAUACCCUGUUUCCUCUUCGAUGAGUAGUACUCUAUUCCGUGACUCCUAUCUUCAUCCACCCCCCCCCCCAUGACAAAAGAUGCCAGAAACUGCA